AUGACAACGCAGAAGUCCAGCACAGAAACCCGGCUAGACCCACAGGAUCGACCUGAUCCUCCCCCGAUCCCGAGCCGCCCCAGCCCCGACAGGAUCCAACGAAGCAAAAGCAGAAGUUCAGAAAAACUCGCGGUAGAAGGCACAGUUGCGAAGAUAGCACGAAGGUCGGGUUUGUACAAAGGAAAGUUCAGGCGCGUUAUUCAGACAGUUCAGCUCCCGCCGGAACCUCGCCCCUCACCUUCUCCGCGACUCCCGUCGGUGCCUCGCCCCCACCUUCUCCGCGGCUCCCACCGGCACCUCGCCCCCACCUUCUCCUCGGCUCCCGCCAGCACCUCACCCCCACUUCCUCCCCGGCUCCCGCCGUCGCCUCGCCCCCACCUCCUCGGCGGCUCCCGCCGGCACCUCGCCCCCCACUCGACGGCUGCCUCCCUUCCGCCAACCGGCCACCUCCCGCUUCCAGUCAGUUUGGCAUCGUCCCUCUGCCUCCUUCUGGCUGCCCUCGACGACGCUCCUAGUGGCCACUCCGCUUCGUCCAUAGUGGGAGGUCCAUCAACGCUGCGUCCAGCGGUCCAACCCCGCCACCCGAGGCCGUUCACCGUGCAGUGCCCCUUUCCAAGCCAUCACGAGCGAUCAAAUCCCGGCACACCUGGUAGUUCAAACAUACACCGGCUGGCAGGUGACCAACUGCCCCACCUCUACAAGCUCGUCGGGGAUGACUUGGCAGUAGCUGGGAUUCCCUACAACAGCCAAAUUCCGGCACUCCCGGCCACCGCUCGUGAUCCCUGCUGGCACCGUCAGUCCACAGGAGUAGGGGUGGCGUGCCCGUCAACAAACAAGAACAGAAGGUGCAACCUCGCCAGUAGCAUGUUGGCGGUUCCUUUGUUUUGUCUUGUUGCUGCUCCAAGCUGCAACACCUCAUGCCGUCAUCAUCUCUACAGGGCCACCGCUCCUCCAACCUGUCCUCUGUCGCAGCCCCACCACUCAUUGCCGAUGCACUCCAACCCGAGCACCUCCAUGAUGGAGGUCGUCUUGCAGCCCAGUGACGAGCUAACUCAUCUUCCUUGUGCGUCCUUCGCCCAUUGUGUGCCCUGCUGCCCUUGACCUCCUUCCUCACAGCUGAAAAAAUAGAAGAAUUUCUCUCAUCCUUCUUCUGAGGAAGAUUGGGAUGGGAGUCUACGGGGCAGGCAAAGUGUGUUGUUGCUUCUACAAUUUCAAACAUGAAUUUGAGAAAAGUUAUUCCUCGGAUAAGUUUGAAAAAUGUCAUUUUGUGAAGUUGAGCUAUUGAGCCAUGAACUACUAAAUGGUGGACUUGCAUUUUGUUUCUUCAGUACAUACAUGAGUUGAAUGUAUAAUUCAUGGAACAUAUGUCAAAUCUUCCAAGUAGUAACACAUAUUUAUUUUCUUCCAAGUAGCAAAUAUUUCCGUGGAUCAGGACAACUUCUGUACGUGGACCAGGACAACUUCUGUACGACCUUUUGUUUACAAAUCUUGCAGUAUUGUUUCUACAUGAAUCUUUUUAAUACUUUUUAAAGCAAGUGUGGUCCAUUUGUAAAAGCAAUCAUUUUUAGUACUUUUUAAAGCAAGCGUUUUUGGUGGCCAAGUGUUAUUGAUUUGUGAGAGCUAAACAGAUUUCCUAUUCAAGUGGAAGCUCCCAAUAUAUGAUGGAUGUGGGAGUUACUUUUA